CUGACAGUGUCGUUAUCAGGUUUGAUCUCGAUGCAGCGCUUAAAAAACCUUCUUUGAAGUUUCCUCGGGCAUUCAAAAAAAGACCGACAAAAGAGCGAAGAGAGAGUCAAAUCUCGAAGAGUUGAAUACCAUGGCUCGCGGGCAGCAAAAGCUACAGUCUCAGCAGAAGAACCUUAAGAAGGCAGCAGAUAAGAAGAAAGGUCAGGCCGCUGACCAGAAGACCGCAGCAAUGGCCGCGCUUGUCCAUACCUGCCCCGUCUGCCGUACACAGAUGCCCGACCCCAAGACCUUCAAGCAGCACUUUGAGAGCAAACAUCCCAAGUCCCCUAUGCCCCCUGAGCUGGUGGACGUUCAGGCAUGAAUAUCUGCUGACUGUAUCUGAUCCCGAUACCCGAUGACUGAGGACUAAACAUUGAAUCACUGCACCUAAAGGAUGUUGAUGACGGACACUGGGACCCAACAGUAUUCACAGACAACAUUUUGUGAUGGAGGGGGCUGGGGGCUUGAUAUGUGGAUGUGCUGUGUACGUACGUGUCUGUUUUGUAAGAGAAGACGAUAAGAACGAGGCAGGAGUACACCAGCACCCCACUUUUAUAUUUAUUAUGUAAUACUACCUUGCUAUGCCAGGUGGGGAGGGGACCUGCAAGACCUGGCCUGCUUUCACUGAAUACAAUAAUCUUGUGACUGAGAUGAAUCUGAAAAAGCUCUAGUGGUAAGCUUUUAAAAACAACAAUUAUUUUUGAAUUUGGGCAAGCUUGGGAUAGAUGGCACAUCUAAGACCCUAACUAAAUGUUUAAUCAGUCACCUACAAUGGACGGCACUGCUGUUGAGUUUGAACCCUGUAACUCAUUUUAUGUUCAUAUACACAGGAUGUUGCCUCAGCUAUCAGUGCACACCAUCAAGAAAGAUCAAAUAAGAAGUUUAAUGAGGAAAAAAUAUCUUAAAACGACUAAAAUCUCUGUUUCAUUUGUUUUAUUUUUGUUAAUGGUAAAAUGUGAAUUAUCAGUUCGACUCUACAGCUCUGCCUCCUCUGUGCUGCUCCACAGGUGUCCACACUCUCAGUAACACCGAACAGUACCUCACGUUAAACCACACCGCAGGUCUCACAGUAUGUUGGGUUUUUUCCGCUUUUGGCAGUUUGCUUGUUACUUAAAGAAACGUUAAUUGACUCAAUGGAUUGAGAGAUUACAGAAAAUUAAAAUAUAUCUGCCCAACCGUUUUUUGACUUUUGUUCUUCAUAUAUUCACUAACGGUCAAAAACUUUACUAAUUUGCUUUCACUGUCCUUUUCUUUAUUUUGACUCUUUUCAAUAAAUUGAACUGUAUUCAAUGUGA